AUGGACGCUGCAGCGCCCACGGCGUCGCCGCCGCCGCCAUCAAGUGCGGUGCCCACGUCCGAUGCCGUCGCUGCGCUGUGCAGCAAGGCCUCCUCGUCAGCCUUUACACGACUCCCCGACGAGAUAAUCGAGCAAAUCCUACGUGUCGCCGACCCCGACAGCUUCGCCUCGCUCAUCGUCCUCAACCAGCAGACCCGUCGCGUCUCACAACAGGCCGACCUGUACGCAAGCCAGCUCCAGCAAUGCGCAUCCUAUGCCGCUGCCCAUCCCGUAUUUUCCAGGGUCCAAGACGAAGACUUGCCGAAUUUUCGUCGUCUGUUUGCCCGCGAGGUCAAGCGCAACCUCUUCAACGCCUACAAUCGACCUUCGGAAACGUUGGUCAAGCUCGUCUCCAAUUCAAACAGCUCCUCCUCCUGCCCCGGCGGGGAGGGGAUGCAAUUUAGCGCCUCGUCUAAGGGUCAUCAUCUCCUAGCAUAUAAUUCCUCUCGAAUCUACGUCCUCGGCGUUCGGGGCGCCGACCUCCAGGUGAAACGCGAACUCAAGAUUCAACGCCGCCCAGUAUCGGCCACCAUCACCGACGAUGCCGCCACUCUCGUCGUCCUCUCGACCGAAAUGCAGGUCAACCUCUACGAUCUCGAAAAGAGACCACCGAAAAGAAAACAUGCCAUUAUCCUCGAUAAGAACCCCCGCGCCAUUGCCGUCUCUUCUUGCGGCUCCGUCAUGGCCGCCGCCUACGAUACCGGAAUCGAAGUCUCAUCGCUACAUCCGAAUGCGAUGCCGACCGAGCGCCGCGAGGUCAAAUGCGAUCCCGUUGAUACCCUUGCCUUUUCAUUCGACGGCACGCAGAUUUUGGGCACCACAAUACAAUCGAAUCCUCCCAACACCGUCGUCUUGACCGCGCCCUACUACGACCCAGGCACAGUAGCCGACCAGGACAAUUUAAGCGCCAUGUGGACUACUUCUAUUCUAUUCCCAAAUACUAGCCACGAUUGCAGCCAUGCUGUUCUACUACAGAACGGCACCGAGGAAGAAGCCUUCUGGGCUUUUACGUAUGACCGCAGCUUUGAGACGUUUCGCGCCAUCCGCAUCGACGACCUCCGCAACGGCACCACCUAUUUUACCGGCCCUGUCCCACGACCGUCAUCGCACUCCAAAUUACUUCCAAGCACGCUACCAGCAGCCGCUUACCAUGGUCAGCUGGUGGCAGCUGGUUUUCAUGGUAGUGAAGUCUGGGUGUACGGUGUGCCUGAGGAUUUGGAUGCUGUUCCUGAUCAUCACGUCGAUGGCUUCGAUGGCUCGUACAGCCUUGGCAGAAAAAGCAGCCAGCACAGCAACCUCUCGCGGCAUACUUCAUCUCGUGGCCGAGAUGAAAACACUAGACUUCCCCAGUGGCAAAUCCUUUGCGACAAGUUUCGUAACAAUUUCAUCGCAGGUAGAAAGGUCGCUGAUCUUACCGCCAUAAGCACUGUCAAGUGGGUAGAAGGGUUUGCCAGCUCGUCAGCCAAAGAUCGCUUACUAGUGACCUCACGUGGGAUAUCACCUGCCAGGUUAGCGACCGAUGAAGAAGACAUCGAUUUCGUGGAUGGUGGCCGAGUCUGUAUUCUCGAUUUUGAGUACGGGCCAAGAAGUGGAUCGAGGCGUGAAGUUGUCAUCGAUGUUGGAACAGACAACGCCGAGGUCCUACAAGAAGAGCAGCGCGACAUUGAGACAGAAGUGGCAAUCGUGCGCCGUCGCACCGUGGUACAGAGCCGUACUAGCCGCAACCCGUUGCUCCGCGCGGCCACCACUGCAAACCAGCAUCUCAUGCCCCCCAUGCCGCGCAGACAAUCAAUUCAAGAUGACGAUCCCCUAGUACCGAGGAAGGUCGGUCUCAACCCUGCCAACAGAGCCGAGGGUGAGGAAGAAUCCAUCGCCUCCUUGGACGAGAUGGAGGCGUUGGAUGCACCGUACUCACAUGCAAGCCCUCGCUCCACGACGACCUUGCGACGUGCCGCCACUGCCGCUGCGGUGAAUCGCCGACUCAACCCGCGUACUGCCGAUGGCCAGAGAGUCGUUUACCGCCGCGCUGACGGGCGAGGUGAAAUUCCUCACGAGAGUGAUGCUGAUAACUGGGUCCCGCCGCCACCUCCAUAUCAGCCAGACGACCCAGGGACCCUACCCGCCUUUCUCCGACGACCAGCCGUUGCACCGCUACCAUCACCCGUGCGACCGUUCACUGCUGUUGUAUCAACUCAAACCCCAUCUUGGCCCGGUCAAUUCUCUCCUCGCGCCUACCAAUCCCAGCUCGAUGGGGCUGGUAUGCCUUUCCGCCAGCGAACUGCAAGCGACGAAACUACGUAUAGCAGCAUGCGACGAUUCGAAGAAAUUCCUCGGCCGCUAUCGACGCCCUUAUCUAUUCCUGUAGAUGUGGAGCCGGCAAUGGACGACUUAUAUGGAGUUUCCCCGUCUGCCUCGCCUGCGCCAGAGACCCAAGCCGUUAGAGGUGUGGCGGAGGAGCCACAAAUGGAAAACGUCUCGCCUGAUGUUCGUGACUCUGAAACGGCCACCGCAACGGCCACCCCCGCAGCCGCGGAAUACGCAGACGCAGCUGAAUAUGUCCAACCCAGCCACGUACAACCUGUCAACCUGCCAUUGUCGGUCGCAAUUCCACCAGCGCAGCUCUCUCCGGUCGACGAGGACCAAGCACACCGUCGGAGACUUUCCAACGCGCAGACGUGGCCUCUGGUAGCCCCCAUACAAGCGCAACAAGCGCCACCGCCUGUUCAGCACAACAUGGCAACAUACUCGGCACCGGCAACAGACGCAACCAUGGCCGAACUCGCGUCGAACUCUCUCCCGCCGCCUCCCAGCAACGAUCAGAUCAACCGACUGAAUAAGAGAAUAAGCAUGGGUGCUCCGCGACGUCUAUCUGGUGGCAUUCUUAACCAAUGGUCUACCCCGGGCAGUCGAGCAAGCUUGAUGGGGCCACCCAGCAAGCACUACACGUUUGAACACGAGUCAGCACCCGAUGUACCGCUCGUCAACCCCGACGAAGACCAGCCGCUCAUUAUCAGCACGCCCAAGGGUGUGAGUGGUGUCUUUGAUUCUCCCGGGGAGACACAGAUAUUGGCGCCUGUGCCUCAACGACCUCGACAAAACAUUCCCUUUAACCCCGGUCAGCCUACGGAGCCUGUGCAAUCACUGUUCCCGUCGCUCCCAAAUAAUGGCACCGCUGGGACACAGUGGAAGGCUCGACAUUUGCCAACAUGGCUUUCUUCGCCGCCUUCGGGCUCAACGAGAUCACCAAUGCGCGUGAGCCGAAAGCCUAGCAGAGCAGAGCGCGGAGCAGCAAAGAACAUUCUUGACGCCAAGAAGCGUGGAUGGAGGCCCAAAUUAAAGUCCAAAGAUCAGCAACCGCAAGGUCCGGGUCUAGAGGAAUCUGGCUGGACAGAUGUUCCGCCGCAGCCUCCUCAAAAAGCCCACAAGAAAUGUGUGGUCAUGUAA